AUGGAGAACACCAAAGUGUCCAAGUUCCAUACGGAGGCCAAUGUGCCAGUUGCCGAAGUUAGUAUAAUCCUAAAGUUUGGUGCGCUUGUAAAUAUCCUUGUAUUUAGGGCAGUCGGUGAUGGCAGCAGCAGGCUUGGUGGGAGAGAUGCCGUAUUUUUCAGCGAUGGACUGAGGUUUCUUGUGCACAUGACGAAGAACCUGGAGUUGAUCAAGGGCAGUUUGAAGGUCGGCACGAACAGUAGUAACUUGGUCUUGAAGAAGGGAAGAGUCCCGGUCAGACUUGAGUUCAUCCUGGAGGAGAGUUUCAGUAUGAGCAAGCUUUUCAAGGGCGUCGUCGAGACGGCGCUUAAGAAUAUCCCUUUCACGCUCAUUGAGCUCGUAUUCCAAGUCAAUGGACUUCUGUUUGUAGCGCGUAGCAUCGUCGUGAAAUUGGUCACGGGUGGUUUUAAUGCGAUGAGCAUUGGUGCGCGAGACAACGAGGUGAGCUAG